ACCCAGAACUGAAACACUAUGGCUGUAAGGCAGCAGAUAGAGAGGUGCCUCAUGUCCUAUUCAGUGGCAGUGACUGCUCUCUUCAUCUGUUCUAACAUUGCCCUGGGGUUAUAUGUCCGGAAAUUUGGAUUCCAGUGCACCAACUUCCAGCCAAGAAGCACAAACUGCAGCCACGUGUCACAUCUUGGUACAGAAUCUGUUCACUUGACGUUUGAGGGGAGCGGGCUGAGUCGGGAGAAACCGGUAGCUCACCUUACGGGCCUGAAGGGUUGGAACCUGAGCGGUGAACUGCAGUUCCAGCCCCUGGAGUGGGAUUUUGAGACGGGGAUGGCCUACUCGAACAUGGGCUAUGCCAACGGACACCUCUACAUCCCACAGAGCGGCCUCUACUACGUGUACUCCCAGGUGGCCUUCUACCUACCCUCGUGCGAGGAGCUGAGCGCACAGGAUCUCAACUGGGGGAUCCUAACCCACAACGUGUACAAGCGGACGGACUCCUACCCCGAGCCCACCCCACUGCUGACUGCCACCAAGUCGGUGUGUGAGGGCAGCCUGGGUGACUGGCAUGUCACUAUCAGCCAGGGGGCCCUCUUCACCCUGCAGGAGCGUGACAGGCUCUUUGUCACUGUCAACAAGGCGGCCAUGGUGGAACAUAUGGAGCAGAAGACCUUCUUCGGAGCCUUCAUGUUAUGAAUGUUCGGUGGGGGU